AUGUCAUCCAAAUCCAAAAACGUACAAUCACAAAAAUUAUGUACAACGUCAUCGUCGGGUUUGCCGAAAUGGCGACAAUCUCCAAUCGAUAUCAGUCGCGUUGCCGUAUGGACCAAGAAAUAUCCACCCUUACUUUUGACUAAUUAUUGGUCAGAUGAUGGCACUGCAAAACUUACAAACACUGGAAAAACAGUUAACGUCGAGCUGGCGGACAGAAAAAUGCCAAUAAUGCGUGGCGGCCCGUUGAAGGACGAUGAAUAUCAAUUUAUGAAUGUACAGUUUCGAUGGGGUCUAUCCAAUUCUCAGGGCGCGGAACAUUCUAUCGAUAAUACUUGGUAUUCGAUGGAAGCACAAGUAAUGCAUUGGAAUACGCGUUAUGGGUCAAUAGAAAAAUGUUACGAAAAACCUGAUGGUAUUGCAAUGCUAUCCUAUCUUAUGCAGGUCGUUGGCUGUUCUGGAAUUCCGGACAAUCCAACGUUUACUCCGAUUACAGAUAAACUUUUGGGAAUCAAACGGACGAAUAGCAUCGUGAAUAUUACACCGGAUUGCUUACGAUGGAUGAAGUAUGCAUGCAUGUCACCGGGAUAUUAUACUUAUUCAGGCUCCCUCACUUUUCCUCCGUAUCAUGAGUGCGUUACUUGGAUAGUAGUACCAAACGCGAUAAGAAUAUCUCGCUGUCAGAUAGAAGCGUUCAGAAGUUUAUACAAUUACAAAUGGGAGCGUAUAGUAAGGAAUCACAGAUCACAACAUCGUCUUCAUGGGAGAAGAAUUUUCUUUGCACAAAUAAUGUGACAGCUUGAUUACCAAAGAAAUUAUUAAGACGGCAUUAAACGUAUAACAAAAUUUUUACAUGAAGAAUUAUGUAUUAUUUUCUUGCGAUCCUAUCUUAAAAAAGGCGCGUAGCGCGCGCUGGUGUGUCUAGUCCACUCUUAAAAAAGGCAUGAAAGAUCGAUACUCGAAUGUAUCGAAAGUAUUGUUGACGCUUUUCCGCGACGCUGAUUGGUUAUCGCGAUUAUUCUGAUAGUUUGAUAGAUUGAGAGCGAAGGUUAUUUUGACGGUUAUUUAAAAUAAAAAAAUUUAUUAAAAUAUUUAGAUUUCAUAAUU